CACGCGGCACCGCCCACUUAGCUUACGAGCUCUUCUGUCAACACUAUACACCAAACCACAGCUAGCUAGCUAACAAGGUCGAGUGUGUCCUCCAGGCUGUGAUGGCAGCAGUUGGAACCCCGGCGCCAAAGGUCACCGACUGUGUGACCAAGGUGGCGCUGAGCGUCUCCUGUGAGAAUCUGCUCGACAUGGACGCAUUCUCAAAGUCGGACCCUCAGUGUGUGCUUUUCAUGAACAGCUCAGGGCCUCACUGGUGUGAGAUUGGCCGGACAGAGAAAAUCGAGAACUGCCUUAAUCCCAAGUUUUCCAAGACGUUUGUCGUUGACUACUACUUUGAGAUGGUGCAGAAGCUCAGGUUUGAAAUAUACGACAUUGACAGCGCCAACGGCAGUCUGCAAGAUGCUGACUUCCUGGGAGAACUGGAGUGUACCUUGGGACAGGUUGUGUCCUCAAGGAAACUAACAAAACCACUUGUCAUGAAGGACAAGAAACCUGCAGGGAAAGGUACCAUCGCUAUAUGUGCUGAAGAAAGAACAGACAACAGAGCGGUGGAUUUUGAAGUUGCAGGUAGAAAACUGGAUAAAAAGGAUUUCUUUGGCAAGUCCGACCCGUUCCUGGAAUUUUACAAGGCGACAGAAACUGGAUGGCAGCUCGCUCACAGGACAGAGGUGGUCAAAUAUACCCUAGACCCAGUAUGGAGACCAUUCCGAAUCCCACUGCAGUCACUCUGUGGAGGUGACGUGGAGAAAUUGAUAAAGGUAGAUUGUUAUGACCACAACAACAGUGGAUCGCACGACUUCAUUGGAUCCUUUGAGACCACACUCUCCCAAAUACAGCAGGCAACAGAAAGAUAUGCAGCCGAGUUUGAAUGCAUCAAUAGUAAGAAGAAAGCAAAGAAGAAAGGAUACAAAAACUCUGGUGUUAUUGUUGUAAAAAAAUGCAAGAUAGUGAAGGAAUACACCUUUCUGGAUUACAUAAUGGGCGGCUGUCAGAUUAACUUCACUAUUGCUAUUGAUUUCACAGGCUCCAACGGGAAUCCCGGCUCCCCCCAGUCCCUCCAUUACAUCAACCCUCAGGGCUAUAAUGAAUACCUGGCAGCUAUCUGGGCAGUGGGUAAUGUCAUCCAGGACUACGACAGUGACAAGAUGUUCCCUGCUUUUGGAUUCGGAGCCCAGGUCCCUCCUUCAUGGCAGGUCUCCCACGAGUUUCCCAUCAACUUCAAUCCGUCAAAUCCAUUUUGUGCAGGUAUAGAGGGUGUUGUCCAAGCCUACCAGCAGUGCCUGCCCCAGGUGAAGCUUUAUGGUCCCACAAACUUUUCCCCAAUCAUCAACCACGUAGCCAAUUUUGGCCUGCAAGCCUUAAAGCAGGAGACGGCCUCUCAAUACUUUGUCCUGCUGAUCAUCACUGACGGAGUGAUCACAGACAUGGAUCAGACGCUCAGCGCCAUCGUCAACGCCUCUCGUCUGCCCAUGUCCAUCAUCAUUGUCGGGGUAGGGGGGGCGGACUUCAGUGCCAUGGAGUUCCUGGAUGGAGACAAUGGGAUUUUACGCUCCGCUGUAGGCGAGAGUGCCCUGCGGGACAUUGUGCAGUUCGUGCCAUUCAGGCAGUUCCAGAAUGCAGGCAUUGCAGCCCUUUCCCAAAGCGUACUGGCAGAGUUGCCUGACCAAGUGACCUCCUUCUUCAAUUUAUUUGACCUGAAGCCCCCCAGCGAGCCCACUCCUUCCUAGAAAUUGUCCCCAGGAAGUCCUUGCUCAGAGCGUCUUGGCAGAAGUCCCAGGUCAGGUGGUGAGCUUCUUCAAUACCAUGAGUUUAAGGCCUCCCCAAAGCGACACACCUCUCCCUGACCGCUCAGCAUCUGCCCCGUCCAGUGAUGUAUCCUGAGGACCAACGAUUCCCCUCAGAAUACCGCAUGAGCAUGCAACAUCUAGUCUGGCAGCCAUGCAACAAUUUCUAUAUACUAUGGACCAAUAGUAUAAAGCCAUAGGAAGGAAGUGUUUGACAAUAUAAUGAUAUGGUCAAACAUGUCCUAACAUGUAGAUAGCUAAUGUGAAACCAACGUAUGACCUUAUGUGACUCAAGUGCCAGGAUUAUUAAGACUUAAGGUAAUUCGACUGCACAGUUUCCAAGGCAUUAAUUGAAACUAGCGUGGCUUGACUCAAGGUCUUUGGUUUUGUGGAAAAUUGCAGCAGCUAAUAACCGCUAUCUCUGUCAGAACGUCUACAUGAAAGGGGUGGAGUGCUAAAUGUCGUCACCAUGGUUCUGCUAAUAUCGGUAUUUCCUCCAGCAUGUCAUCAUAUUACACUGACCACUUGCUUGUUGGUCCCUGGGAAAUUAAGCUGUUAACAUUUCCUUUGAAAUCAUAGACAUUGGACAAAGCAAAGACUAUCAAGUACAAUUGAGUAAUGUUUACAUAAUGGAUUAAUAAGUUUGUCUGAUGCCUUUUGUAGAUUUUACACCCAAAAAACUGUACACUGUGUCUUUGCUGUGGUUUUGUACUUUAGUCAGUGUCUUUAAAAGAAAAUGCAUUCAGUUCCAUAUUGUUUACUUUAAUACGUAUAAUAUGUGAGACGAUAGUCAAUCAGGUUUCCGUGAACGUCAUAUUACUGAAUAUUCUGUAAUCAGAGUAACAAUUGACCCUUUACUUAAAGCUAAUCCUGGUUCAUUUUGAAUUCUUCUGGAUUUGAGCUCUUCAUUUACACAGUGGAUCACUCGGUAUUGGAUUGCCUUGAGGCGUACUACACUAAAAUGUUUUAAAUUUUACUUAUCAGACACGUGUUUCUGAGUAGAUAUGGACAAUGCCUCCUCAUCCCUGGCCUCUUUGACCUGUGGUGUUCCCCAAGGCUCCAUCCUAGGACAUAUGGUAAACAAACACAAAUUGCAGGACCAUUGUUAUGCAGAUGACACAACAUGGUGCAUUUAUGUCCCAAUAAAUCAAUGGGGGGGAAACUGUCAGAUAUAAAGUGCUGGAUCUCCCAAACUCUUCUUCAGUUAAGAGCAAUACGGAAAUGCAGUCAUUAUCUUCGGUCCUCUAAAGUACAACCCUAGUUUACAAAACUUCUUGGAUUCUUUUCUUCAAAUUUCAAACCUACAGCCAGAAACCUGGGUAUGGUAUUGGACAGCGACCUUUCUUUUGAAAAACAAGUAAACCAAAUUAACCCUGUUUACUAAAGAACAUCUCAAAAGAUUACAUUCUUUCUUUAUUGCCCGAUCUCAAGAAGCUAUGCUUUUAUUUCUUUCAGCUAAAUUAGGUUUGAGCAAAAAAGCCAUCUAAAGCUUUCAGUUGGUACAAAAUGCAGCUGCCCGGCUCGAUCCUAUCAGCCCUCGUUCCUGCCCGAGGGUCUGAGACCUGCAGAAUCAAUGACCUCUUUUAAAUGACUAUUAAAUUA